UUUGUUCUCAAUUAGAAAAUUCUAAUAUGAUUUAUAAAUAAUCCUUCAACUCUGAUACCGAAUAAAGAGUAAUUAUUUAGAAAAGCUUCAUAUAUUCGAUGGAUAAUUUGAACGGAAAAUAAAAAAAUAAAUAAUAGAUAAUUAACACCACCUAUUGGCAAAAUCUGAUAUUUUCAAUAUAGAUCAUGUUAGAAGUAUGCAUAGAUUCUCUAGAAUCCGCCCUUAUUGCCUUCAAGAACGGUGCUGAUAGACUUGAAGUAUGCUCGUGUUUAAUAGUAGGUGGAUUAACUCCAACCAUCGGCUUGGUGAAACUGAUUAAAGAAAGAGUAGAUAUUCCUAUUCACGUGCUCAUAAGACCCAGACAAGGUGAUUUUGUCUACAAUGAAGAGGAAGUUCAAACUAUGAUUGAGGAUAUUAAAAUAUUUAAGGAGCUAGGUGUUGGUGGUGUUGUGAUUGGUGCUUUAACUAUUGAGGAUGGACUGGACAAGUCUACUAUUGAAAAAAUAUUAAAGGUCGCUGAUGGUUUACAUUUAACUUUUCACAGAGCAUUCGAUCAAGUAAAAGAACCCAGCGAAAUAGUUGAACAGUUGAUUCAUUAUGGUUUUAAAACAAUAUUAACUUCUGGUUUAAAAUCAACAGCUUUGGAAGGUAUAGAUUUAUUAAAGGAGUUAUUACUAAACUAUGGUAACAGAAUAUGCAUUAUGCCGGGAUCUGGUAUAAAUCUCAACAACUUUCUUACAAUUAAAAAGCAUUUAACGAAUAUCACAUGGUUUCAUUUGUCAUCAAAGAAACUGAAAACAAAAUCUUUGUCCUUAAAAGUUGAUGUUGGUAAUAAAAUUAACGGAGAAAGCGAUUUUCAAAAUCAAGUUUACGUUACAGAUGGAGAGCAAUUAAGACAAAUUAAAGAUUUAGAUAAAUAAAACUGUUUGAUCAUUUGAAUAAAAAAAUAUUACAAGGAAUAUU